AUAUAUAUAUAGAUUUGAAUGGGGGAGACGUAUGGAUUCGAUAAAUUGAUGAGAGUUGUGGGGGGCCCUUAUGGCAUUUUGUUUGUUUUUUUUAUUAAGAUUGGACCACAACCCUCCUCUUUAUAUACACCCUUCUCUCCCACUCUUUCCUCUUCAAAGUUUCUCACACAAACCCAUCUUCGUCUUUCACCUUCCAUAACCACAACUUACUACUUCGCAGCUCAAAAACUAUACACACAGCGUAUAAUCUCGCUGCCUCUGCGGACUAAUCAAGAGAUGAGACAGAUGAAGAUGAUGGGGAGUAGCGAACAUGGCGCGGCAGCUGUCAGAAACUCCAAGAAGAAUAAGUUAUCGUGCAGAAGACUGGGCGGCUACCUUAGACAGCAGAAGGGAAGGCUCUACAUUAUCAGAACAUGUGUUGUCAUGUUACUAUGCUGGCAUGACUAGCUAACACCUCCCAACCAUAUAUAUAUAUAUAUAUGAUUAUAUAUAGAGAGAGAAGGAGGAAGAGAGAGAGAGAGAGAUCCAAAGGUUUCUGGGUCUGAUCUCUCUUGGCCUACUUUAGUUUGAUAGCAGAUAGCUGAUCAUGAUGAUGAUCCAUGAAGAUCCAUCCGUCCAUCCGUCUACAUAUAUAUACGCAUACAUCUAGAGGUUGCAGAAGAAUGAUGGAGAAAGGAGUGAGGUCUCUCGUUUUUACUUCCCGUCUUUAUACUCAUCAUUAUUAUGAUGUUGUUACUUGUAAAUACCAGAAAGGGAUCAACUAAUUAGUUCGUGUUAGAGAGCUUAUAUUUAUCAAUUAACAAAUUCUCUUUUCA